AUGUCGUACAGUCUGCAAAUCAUGGAAUUCCCUCGUCACAAGCAACGAUUUCAUCUCCGCUCAUCACAAUUUAACCCCCGAUCUCAUCGAAAACGGAAAUCAAACGCUAUUGAUCAGAAAGGAAGAGGAGCUAGGGCUCCAGGACAACCAAUUAGGAAGCGGAUUACGUCUUCUCGUGAAAGGCAGCAGUAUUUGUCGCAGAUGAGGGCGGCAUAUAUGGGGGUUGAAGAUGAAGGGAGGUUGUUGAUAUUGGGGAUGGUGAUGUUGGGAUUGUUGUCGAUGUUUUUGAGCCAUUUUCCAUUGUACAGAAUUGAGAAGCAUUUGCUUAUCCCUCGCCAUCCUAUGGAUAGCAGGUAUGUUGAUUUUGGUUUCACAGGAAACCCUAAAUUUGUAUAUUGUCUCCCUCUUCCACUUCCUGCUGCAUUCUGUUUCGAUUUUGCUUAA